AUGGAGUCUAUAUUAUAUCGUCAUUCUAAUUCAUUGAUGUAUCCCUGGUAUUUUGACAAAAAAGAACUGAAGAAUACUCCAUCAACUCGUGAUGGAAUUGAUGCUGAAACAGAAAGACGCUAUCGACAUGAAGGAGCACGAUUUAUUCUUGAUCUUGGUUUUAAACUGAGUCUUCGUCCAGAAACAAUGGGUACUGGAGCCGUUUUUUUUCAUCGAUUUUAUAUGUUUCAUUCAUUUCCACAAUUUCCACGUUUCGCAAUGGCCACAUGCUGUUUAUUUUUAUCUGGAAAAGUAGAAGAAACACCAAAAAAAAUUCGUGAUAUAAUGAAAACGGCUCGACAGAUAUUAGAAGGUGCUCGUGAACGAUACAUACCAACAUUAGGAGAUGAAAAGGGUGAUCUUAUAUUACAGUAUGAACGUGUAUUAUUGCCAACAGUUAAAUUUGAUUUUUGUAUUCAAAAUCCAUACACAUAUUUAAGACAAUAUGCCAAAACGAUUAAAGGAGAUAAAGAACAAAUACGUCAGAUGUUUCAAAUGGCAUGGACAUUUGUAAACGACAGUUAUUGUACAACAUUGUGUUUACAAUGGGAACCAGAAAUAAUUGCUAUCGCUGUCAUGUAUUUGGCAUGUAAAUUAUCAAAGUUUGAAAUAACAGAUUGGACAACUAAAAAAGAAAACACUAAGCAAAAAUGGUGGGAACAAUUUGUUGACGAUAUCUGUCAUCAACAUUUAGAUUUAUAUUCGAAAAAUAAUUCGUCAGCAUUUGCUUCAAUGGAAAUUAGUGGAAGUAAUUCUCAAUUAUCGUCAACGAAUCCAUUGCAUCUCUCAAAUACAAAUACAUGGACAACAAAUCAAACGAAUUCUAAUGUCACAUCACCUGUUACUGUUGAAACGGGACCGGGCACUCCAGCCAAACGAUCUAUUCGAUCUGAUGAUGACUCAUAUAGAAAUGGUCGAUUACAUACGUCUGCCGAACAGCCACCAUCCCUGACAACAACAACUACUACAGACGGACGCUCCUCUUUCAAAAACGAGCAUGAUUUAACUAGUAUACAUAUUAAACAGCCACCAGUAUUGCCUUUGAUUAAUAAUCAAGAUGAUCCAUCGAGACGUUCUUUAACAGUGCCAUCUUUGAUGAUGAAUCCAAUGUCUACACAACAACAAAAUACACAGCAAAAUCAAGUUUCUCCAAAUAUUUGGAUGAAUAUGCGACCUCCACCCUCGUUAUUGUCAAUGCAAAAUCCGUUUAUGUCCACUCAUUUUCCUCCGUUUCCACCACCACUACCCUUGCCACCUGUUCCCAGUUUUGAUACGCCGAAAUAUCAUCAGUCAAAAUGA